UGCAGUUAGUUGACUUCAAAGAUGCUGCGUUUUCUGAUCUUGCUGGGAGUUGUGGUGGUUCUUGGGAUGUUCAUCCUCGAUACUGAGGCGGACUGCAAUGUCUGUUCGUCGGCCACCAAUGUGGCCUGUGUCUCGGAUACUGACUUCCAAAUCUGUUCUACCGACGAGCUGCCCACUGGAAGUGUUUACUCGUGUCCCACGGACUAUUACUGCACAGCAAAUGCGGCGAUUUGUGACACGAAUGCCGCCUUCAAGUCCUGUGUAGGAUGCGGCACCUGCAAUGCCGGCAGUACCUUUGCCUGCCUGAGUGCCACCACAUUCGCCUUAUGCCUGGGAACCACCACCCCAUCGACGAUAGGAGGAAGUUGUGGCACUGCCUAUGUUUGUGACAUGAACAAUCCCAAUAUCUGUGGCACACCGGCUUCAGGAUCACAGGCCACGUGCCCCAGCGGCAGUGUGACUCCCGGAGUGGAUCCCACCACGAUGACACCCACUGAGUACUGCGAAAUCCUGCAACAGAGGGGUAGAUAUCCCUAUGGAGCCGAUUUGAACACCACCUGUCGGCAAUAUAUAUACUGCCAUCUUACUAACUCUACCUGGAUUGGCGCUCUUUAUGAUUGUCCUGGUCUGACUUAUUUCAACAGCACCUCUGGUUACUGUGGAACAGGAGUUCCUCCCAGAUGCACUUUUGGAGUAGCCACUUUGACUCUGACGAUUAAUUGAAAUAUUUGUAAAAAAAUACAAUUGAAGCAAUACAACAAUCUUGGACUAUA